AUGCUUACAGAGCCCCAUCCUCAGAGAUAUAAAUGUGGCCUUUCACCCUGUCCGCAGAAACACCUGGCUUUCCGCUUGGUGUCUGAAACAGGCUUCAAGUCUGUCUGGGGAGCUGAAUGCAAGUAUUCUCUGUCUGUCCCUCAUCUCUUUGGUUCUGGCUUCAGUCUUGGUCCUUUGAUAUUUGUUGAUACCCCUUCAGUGUUGGUGAGCAGUGUGAAGAACAAUGUAGGCAGAGGAAUCAACAUCGCUUUGGUAAAUGGAGUGACCGGCGACCUCUUGGACACUAAGUCCUUUGAUAUGUGGGCAGGAGAUGUUUCUGACUUGCUGAAGUUCCUCCGGCCGCUUCAUGAGGGAACACUCGUGUUUGUGGCUUCCUUUGAUGAUGCUGCCACAAAGUAA